UUCAAAACCCGAUAAUCUACAUGAUGGCCGAUUCAAAUCUGACAGAUAAACUGCAAAAGUUUUGCUCGAAUAUGACCGAAUUGGAACAAAUGGCUACGAAUUUUUCAAAUUAUUAUUUCGAACAAAUGGAAGAACCAGAUAAUGAUGAUAAUGUAUGGAAUAAAUUGGAUACCAACAUUACUUUCGUCUAUGCUAAUACAUCAAUUUAUUGGCUUUAUUUGUUGCUGAAAGAAACCGAUCUAACGGGCGAACAUCCAAUUAAAGAAGAAAUUACUCGUGUUCGAAAAUAUAUGAACGAUUAUAUACAAAUCAAACGUGAUCAACCAACACUGAAUAUUAGAAUUGCAAAGAAUAUGAUACGAAAUGCCUUAUGGGAUCCUUCCAACAACAUUGCCAAAACGGAUAAUCACGAUAAACGUAAACUUGAUGUUGAUAAUAACAAUCACACAAAAACAAAAAAAUACAAAUAAUACAAAUAUAAUAAACUGAUUUUUUAUUGUUAAUAAAUA